AAGAAUCUGCUGGAAAGAUUUGCAUUAUUAUCUUCCACAUGGUUCCCCACAUGGUUUCUGGAAGGCGCGCCAAGUAAGAAAGCAUAUUGACCCGUUCAUCUCACGGCUACUCUAGAAGUUAACUGAAACUAGAAGAAGCUUCAUUCGAUCAUCUCCCAGUUCUAUAAAUUGAACUGCAAAAACCUAAAGUAACGAUCACAGUUUGUUCUGGUUAAACAUAUAAGUAGUACACAAGAAAGCUGUUCAGAGAUGCAAGAGAAGAUGGUGAAGAAGAGUUACCCGGAAGUGAAGGAAGAAUACAAGAAAGCUGUUCAGAGAUGCAAGAGAAAGCUCCGUGGUCUUAUCGCCGAGAAGCAUUGUGCUCCCAUCGUCCUCCGUCUUGCAUGGCACUCGGCUGGGACAUAUGACGUGAAGACGAAGACGGGAGGACCGUUUGGGACGAUAAGGCUUCCACAAGAGUUAGCUGAUGAUGCUAACAAAGGUCUUGAUAUUGCUGUCAGGCUUCUUGAGCCUAUCAAGGACUUGUUCCCCAUCUUAUCCUACGCUGAUUUCUACCAGUUAGCUGGAGUUGUUGCUGUUGAGAUCACUGGAGGACCCGAGAUUCCUUUUCAUCCUGGUAGAUUGGACAAAGUUGAGCCACCUCCUGAAGGGCGUCUACCUCAGGCCACCAAAGGCGUGGAUCAUCUGAGAGAGGUAUUUGGUCGGAUGGGACUCAAUGACAAAGAUAUUGUUGCAUUGUCUGGUGGACACACCUUGGGUCGGUGCCACAAGGAACGCUCCGGAUUCGAAGGACCAUGGACACAAAACCCUCUCAUUUUUGACAACUCUUAUUUCAAAGAGUUACUAAGCGGAGAGAAACAAGGACUUCUUCAACUUCCAACCGACAAGGCUCUCCUCGAGGAUCCUAUCUUUCGUCCUCUCGUUGAGAGAUAUGCUGCAGAUGAGGAUGCCUUCUGCGAAGACUAUACUAAAGCUCAUCUCAAGUUGUCGGAACUCGGGUUUGCUGACAAGGAGUAAUCUCUGGAAGCUGGUGGUGUCUCAUGUGACCAUGUCCUAUCUCGUAAAUCUUGUUCCAAAGUAAAACAUAAAUAAAAGGACUAUAUGUAUUGUUGCACUGGUAUGCAUUGGGCUAUGAAAUAAUACAAUUCAGUUAAUGAAAACUUGUGUUUA